CCGUAGGGAGGCUUCUCUUCCAAGAUGGCGGCGCCCAGCGGAGCAGGUGCCUGGCGGCUCUGGGCCGGGCUAGUCCCCGUUCUCCUCCUGUUCGCCACGGCCGAGGAGGGGCCCAGCACGGCCGAGUUCGACGUGCGGCCCGGCGGGAUGGUCCAUUCCUUCUCCCGGAGCCUGGGGGAUUACACCUGCACAUUCACAUAUGCGUCUCAGGGAGGGACCAAUGAGCAAUGGCAGAUGAGCAUUGGAGUCAGUGAAGACGACAAGCUCUUCUCCUGUUCCGUGUGGAGGCCCCAAGGAAAGUCUUAUCUCUUCUUUACCCAGUUUAAAGCUGAAGUGAAAGGAGCAAAGAUAGAGUAUGGCAUGGCUUAUUCCCAAGCUGCGACGGGUGGACAGAGCGACGUCCCCUUAAAGGCGGAGGAAUUUGAAAUCACCGAAACCACAGUGGCUCACAAAGAAGGCAAGUUCCGUUCCGAACUGUCUAAACUAGUGAUUGUAGCGAAAACGCCCCAUGACGAGUUGUGAUCCGGGGACCUAGGGAAGGGGCUUGUCUCUCGGCUGGAGAAGCGUGGCGGAUAAAGGGGACUUUUUCUUAAUUGCUGGUUGUCUAGGGUGUUCUUUCCUGUUUCCCACAUAGAAGUAUAUUGGGGUCCGCUCUGAACUGGACUUGGAGGUGUUAAGACAGAUACCCUCUGUCUUGUGUCAGAGUAACCAUGUGCCUGAGAUGCUAGAAGCCUUUGCAGCUGGAGACUUCCUCUGAGAUUCUUGAUCUGUAGCCAGCCAUUCUGUUGCCUGCUUUAUGCUUCAGUGAUCAGCUGAAUAGGGUAAAGCUCUCCUCUAGCUGUGUCCCUUAUCUUCCUUGCUAAGCAGAGCAAUGCAGAAAGAUAAGGAGCAGGAUUUUAACAAGGUUUGCUAAAGGAAAGUAGUUAACUCUCUAGGCUCUGGAGAGGGAAUAGGGUUUCUGCCCAGAAGCGUGACAGGAAGAACAGAUUGAACGGGUAGUAGGAGGGGGUACAGAACCGGCCAAACCCAUUCACUGUCCUAUCUGGUGGGUGAUCACCAACAAACAGCAUUUGGUAAGCUGAGGAGGAAACUGUGCCCUAUGCCCAGAUCAGAAUUUGGCACCUUGGCAUAAGAAAAGCAGAGCUGUGGGGUCCACAUGGGCCUUGUUUAUUCUGAUACCACACAGAAAUCCAAUGAGGCAUCCAUUAUUCAAUACAGUUCCGGGACUAUUUUCAUAUAUACUGAAGUGAUUUUCUUAUUUAGUCUAAUAACUGUGAAGGAAUCCAGAAUUCCCUUCAUCUGUAUAUAAAAAAAUAAAAUAAA